AUGGGUAAAAAGAAGACAGAAAAUACAAUCGAUGAAACGUUACAGUUGAAUAAAACAAAUGGUGAUUUACCUCAAUAUGAAUAUGUAACAAAUCCACCAGAUGGAGGAUUUGGUUGGGUUAUUGCACUUGCCGCCAUGAUGUGUAAUUUGGUGUGUGAUGGUACUUUAUUCGCUUUUGGAGCUAUGAAACCCUAUUUGAAAGAUUCUUUUCAAACAUCCGAUAUGUUAAUAUUGAUGGUCGGAUCAAUUCCGUGUGGUGUCUACCUCUUGGUAGGACCAAUUGUGAGUGGUCUGGCGAACAAAUUUGGUUGUCGACUAAUUAUUAUUAUUGGGAGUAUAGGUGCAGCUGCAUGUAUGCUGUUAUCAACAUGGUCUAAAACUGUUUAUCAUAUGAUGAUUAUCUAUGGUAUAUUUGGAGGCAUCUUUUUCGGUAUGGUCUAUUUGCCAUCGGUUGUUAUGGUCAGUUUUUAUUUUGAUAAAAAACGAGCAGUUGCUAACGGAUUGGUGACUGCUGGUACAGGAAUUGGUGCUCUCUCGUUUGGACCAUUAGCUAAUUUUUUAUUUAGUAAAUUUGGAUGGCAAAUUGGAAUGUAUAUAUUUGCUGGUAUGAUGCUAAGCUGUAUACUAUUUGGAGCAAUUAUGAUACCGUUAAAACCACAAAAAAUUCCAAUUGAAUAUGCAGAACCCGAAACUUUACCUGUUUAUAACGAUAAAAGUCGACUACCUCCAUAUUCGGAUCUAGAGAAUAAUACUAAGGCAUCGUUACUGUCACCAAUAGCUUCGAAUGAUUUACGAACAAGUGGUGGUAGCACAGCUAUUGUACCCGGUACCGAUGAUAUAGCUCCACUUGUAAAUAAUUCUUCUCGUGCUCGAACAAUAUCAACAUCAAGUAAAGCAUCUUCGGGUGCUGCACGAAUGAAUUUAUCUGUGAUUACGAAUCCUGAAGAUGCUGGAAGAGCAUUAUAUAGAAAAGACAUUUUUCUCAGUAGUACACACAAUCUGAAUCGAUCACCGUCAACACACAAUUUAUCUAUUGAAACUGGUGCCGGAAAAUAUAUGGCAUCCGCGACAAAUAUUCCUGCUCAAAUCCAACAAGAAGAGGCAGAAAAUAGAAAACCUAGUCGAUUAAAAGCAUUUAUGGAUAUUUUAGUAGCUAUGCUUGAUUUUAGUAUAUUAAAAAAUAAACAAAUGUUAUUAAUAUGUAUUGGAAAUAUUUUUUCAAUGUUAGGCUAUUAUUUACCGAUAAUGUGCCUCGUUUCGUUUGCUAUCGAUGAUUUAAAAGUACCACAAGCAAAGGCCAGUUUUCUACUAACAGUGUUUGGUGCAGCAAAUACAAUAGGACGUUUCGCUAGCGGAUGGUUGAUUUUUAUUCCAUAUUUAAAUUCAUUAAGAGUUCAUAACGGUCUAUUGUUUCUCGCUGGUAUAUUAACGUGUAUGGCAGCUUACGCAUAUAAUUUUACGACGGCAGCAUUAUAUGCUGGAUUGUGUGGAUUUGCUAUUGCUCCUCAUAUGUCGUUGUUACCAUCCAUUAUUUGUGAUGUUGUUGGAUUAGAUCGUUACACAAAUGCGUUUGGUAUUCUGUUUCUAUUCAGAGGUGUUACUUCAAUUAUCGGUCCACCAGCAGCAGGUUAUGUAAAAGAUGCAACAAGCAGAUAUGAUAUGGCGUUUGCCAUAGGAGGCGCAAUGAUCAUAAUCGCAGCCUGUUUUCAUUUUACACUCGGAUGUUUCGGACUGUCUAAGGCGGAACAAUCAGCUACAGCUAUUCAAGAUGAACCGCGUGGUCCAGUCACAGAUGAUGAAGAAAUUCAUCCGAUGAAAACAACUUUGACCGAUAAAACACGUAAUCAUGUUAUCGAAAUGAUAUCAACCUUUUUACUUCCUAUCUUUGUAUUUGUUAUAUUACUGAAAUCAACAUUCGAACUAAAUGAUGUUCGUUUUGAGCACUUAAUGUCAUUGACAUGCAAUACACCAGUUAUUACAUUACAUGUAUUUUCGGGGACUGAAAAUCCAACAUGGUCAAUUAACAUAAAUCAGCUACAAACAUUGAAGAAUAUAGCAAAUCAAAAUAGUAUUAUUCCUAGUUCAAUAACAUCUCGAAUAAUGGGUUAUCAAGGGUUUAGUAUAAUGUGCUCAUUAAUCGACAGAGUAUUUAUUAAUGGACGAGCCGAUAUUGAAUUGUAUCUAUUGUCAACCGGUAGACAUCAUUUAUCAUCAUCAAUUAUUGAACAUGUUCAAGCACAUGUGGGAGAGAUAAUACCUCAAGGCGAAAUAGACUCUGCAUUUGAACCCAAUGUUGACUGUAAUAAAGUACCAAUAAGAGGUACUGACGGUGUACCCGUGUAUGAUCCAAAAACAGAUGAUGGUGGAUGUUUCGUGCAGAAACAAACACUUAAUAAUUGUUAUGCCUAUGGUACAGAUAUUGUUACAAACACCUUUCCUCAACCAGGACGUGGUAGUGGAAAAAAAUGGUUAGCAAAUACGUGUAAAGAAAUGGGUGCUGCAUCUGUACGUGAUAAUUUAAUAUUUAAUGGUACUAAAUUACCAAACAACCAACCCAAAGAAGGACAUUAUGUCGCAUUACUCAUAUGGCCUGAUACAAAUUUUCAUUGGAUAAGAAAAGAUGCAAAUGGAUAUUGGUCACAUAAACCUGGAGGCACUCCAGUUACUAAUGUGGAUAACACCGGUACUAAAAUAACGGAUCCAUCAAAAUCUGAUUUUGCACCAUGGACACAAUUUUGCGCUUAUUAUAUUGCAAAACCAUCCAACCUCACUAUUAAUUAA